CACGUGGAGCGCGGAGGACAGCGUGCGAGGAGAGCGACGAGCGUAGAUCUUUGAACCGGGCCGGGACAGUGAGAUUGGCUUUGGGGGACAGUGCAUUGAGGUGUUAGGUAUGUGAUGGCUAAGGCGGAACAUUGGCUGGACGUGAUGUGUGACUGAUGAGGUGCGAGGGUCGAGGACAGACAUAGUGACUGUCGCUAAACGUGGAGACCAAGACGGACACCGAACCAAGUCAACUAGCCCCAGCCGGAGCUCCGGAGUCGACAUGACAAGACGGAAACAGGCGCAGCCGCGCGCCUUCAAGCCGGAGGAGGACACGGCGUCACCGUCUGCCGACGUGGCCCGCACUCCGGAUGGGGACCGCCCGGAGUCCGGACUGGACCUGCCCGCACUCCCGGAGACCGGUGUGAACGCAGUCAGCUGCCGGUGGUGCUGUCAGCAGUUGGUAUCUGCCGACGAGGUCUCCCAACAUCUGACCUCAGAAUGUCCCGGGCCAGGAUCAGACGGUAAGUCGGCGCUCAGCGAAUAUUCACUGUCAUAUGGAGACAUGGCGGGCUGGGCGGCCGGUACCUCGGAGCAGUACGCCUGGGCGGCCGGUACCUCCCGGCACUAG